UCCAGCACUUUUUAUUUUUAUUACUAAGGUCCUUGAAUUAGGUAAGGCUGACAUGGAUGUGAUGAGACAGAGCCUGUCCACUGUAAACUGGGCAAGUUUGUUAAUGGGUAAAAUGAGAGAAAAUCAGGAAGCAUUCAGAAGAUACAAGAAUAAGAAUAAGAAGGACAUUACAAUGCCCUAGACAAUGAAAAAGCUUGGAAACACCAGACUUAACCUUGUACGAACGCAGCCUUUUAUCAAUAAUUCAGACGGUGUUGAACCUGUAGUCAAACAAGACAUUGGACGAUAACCGAGAAGAAAGCAGGAAAGUCGAGUUUCUAGAGAACAUUCGGAUACCCUCUUCAUAUCAGAUUUGAAACGGGAAAUCAAGCUUCCCUCUACACAAUGUCCAAACGAAGCUCCAAUGUCAAAUCUAUUCAGGCCAAUAUAAACAUCCCCAUGGGCGCCUUUCUGCCUGGAGCUGGACUUCCCAGCAAAAGAAAAGAAUGUCCUUUAGAACCUGAUGAGGGGGCGUGCAGUAAAUCAGAGGAAAAGAAAGAGCUGCCGGGAGCAGUGAAGUUACCAGGACCUGCAGUCAACCUCAAGCAACUUCAGGAUGCCAAGAGUGAGCUCAAAUUUGUCCCCAAGGUUGAGUAAAAGAGACGUGGGCCCAGCUUCAGAAAUGUCUAUUAAAUGACUUUCACUUUGAGCCACUGCUGCUUGUGCAGAAUGUCAAUGGACAACUCGCGUGGCCCAACAUUUUAUACAGAUCUACCAGCUUUGAUAGAAUAAUCCAGCAAUUUGUACAAAACACUUCCUUUGCUACGAUUACCUCCAUUAUUGUAAAAGCAAUGUUUGCCAGCCACUCAUACUGGUUUCUUAAGAAUGUAAUUAUAAAAUAUUAUAUUAUAAGGUAAUUACAAUUUAUUAAACCAGAAAUCCUGUUAAAUUCAAGCCUUUAAUGUUUGAUAAAUCAUGUUUUAUUAGAAUGUGUGGGUGUUAGAUUAGUGAAUGUUUUAGUUAGGAUGUUAAAACAUUACAUAUGGAUUGACUGCUCAAUCCACAACUAGUUUCUCUGAUACAAAUCUACUGAAUAAUGGCACAGCAAUAAACACUGCAUUCAAAGCCCAA